ACCCAGCCCGAGCCCGCGCCAGCCCGCUCGCCGUCGCCGCCGCUUCUCCUCUGUAUGUCGCUCUCCCCGGCCGCCGCUGCCGCCUCCAGCACCAGCAGGAGCCGCCGCCGCCGCGGUUGAUGUGGUUUGGGCCGGGGCUGUGGAGUGUGAGAAGAUGCCGCAGUCCAAGUCCCGGAAGAUCGCUAUCCUGGGGUACCGGUCCGUGGGGAAAUCCUCAUUGACAAUUCAGUUUGUUGAAGGCCAGUUUGUUGACUCUUAUGAUCCAACCAUAGAAAACACAUUUACAAAAUUGAUCACAGUAAAUGGACAAGAAUAUCAUCUUCAGCUGGUAGACACAGCUGGGCAAGAUGAGUACUCCAUCUUUCCUCAGACGUACUCCAUAGACAUUAAUGGUUAUAUUCUUGUGUAUUCAGUUACAUCAAUCAAAAGUUUUGAAGUGAUUAAAGUUAUCCAUGGCAAGUUGUUGGAUAUGGUGGGGAAAGUCCAGAUACCUAUUAUGUUGGUUGGGAAUAAGAAAGACCUGCAUAUGGAACGAGUGAUCAGUUAUGAAGAAGGGAAAGCUUUAGCGGAAUCUUGGAAUGCAGCUUUUUUGGAAUCUUCUGCUAAAGAAAAUCAGACUGCUGUUGAUGUUUUUAGGAGGAUAAUUUUGGAGGCAGAAAAAAUUGAUGGGGCAGCUUCACAAGGGAAGUCUUCAUGCUCAGUAAUGUAAAUUCCACUGUAAAACCUGAGGACACUGGGAAUAUAGUCUACCUGAAGAAGCAAACUGCCCAUUAUCCUUUAAGAUAAACUAUGCUUCUUUUUGUCUUCUGUUAACCUUGGGUCAGAGCUUUUUUUUUUUCCCUUCCCUCCAGAUUAUGUUGAACUCUGACUUAUGUCCAAAUGGCUUCACUUCCAUUUUCAAAUUUUAAGCAAUCAUAUUUUCAAUUUAUAUAUUGUAUUUCUUAAUAUUAUGACCAAGAAUUUUACUGGCAUUAAUUUUUCAGUGUAGUUUGUUGGUUAAAAUAAUGUAAUCAUCAAAAUGAUACAUAUUGUUACACUACUCUUAACUAGGCUUGGAUAUCAGUGUUUCUUUCAUUGUGUUAAAUGUAUACUUGUAAAUAAAAUAGCUGCAAACCUUA